UACCGAUAAUUAGUGUAAUAUUACAAGUUUUCUGUGAUCUCAGUUAUUUUCAGUGUAGACUAAAGGAAAACUUUAGUUAUUGUCGCUGUGCUGAUCUGUCUUAGCAUAGAAAUAUUUUGAAAGAGAGAUCUAAUCUGUUCAGAAGGCAAACCAGUAUCAUAUAUAUUUCAGGUUAAAUAUCAUUUAAACGAGAAGUUUAGAAAUCAUAAUUAGCUAGUUGCACAUUUGUGCAAUUUAUUACUUUGAUUUUACACUGACACAUUUUUAGGCCAGUUUAUUUCUACAGCAAAUACUUCCUGUUUGCUUUUUGCUAUAAAUAGACAGUUGAUUUUAUUACGUAUUCAAACAUGACAGUUUUUUUUCCCUGGCAUGACUACAGACUAGCCUGGCUGGUAUUUGUGUGUCGUCGUUUUAUGUGAUAUUUUCUGUAUUGUCUGACAGAUGUUGAAGGCAGUGAGUGGCAAAGGCAGGUUGCUCUAAAUGAAGCCCUGGAAAUGGCUCCCACCAAAAGUUUCCUAGAGGCAAUGGAUGCCUUGUCCAAGUGGGUGGAGAGAGUGGAAUCUGUAGUGGAGUCAGAAACAUUCCAGGUCAACAAGACAGAGAUCAUGGAGGCACAGCUGCAGCAGUUCAAGGAGUUACAGAAAGAUGUAGAUGAACAUACGUCCAGCCUGGAGUACAUCAAUAAGACUGGGCAAGACCUGCUGGCCGUGGCCACAGAAGAAAAGACCCAGAAACUCCACACCGAUCUUCAGGAGUUAAACUCCAGGUGGAGUAAAGUCACCACCAGCAUCACAGACAGAAUCAGCAAACUGGAGAAGGUCCUCGGUCAGCUCAAACAGUUCCAGAGUCAAUCGGCAGGCCUGCGUCAGUGGAUGGAGGAUAUGGACGUCUUUCUGCAUACAGAGGACCCCUCUCCUGAGGACAUGACUACGCUGGAGGCACAGCUCCAUGAGAGCAAUGGCGUUCAAGAGGACAUAAAAACUCUGAAACAAAAUGUCAAGAAUUUAAAUGACAUAAGAAAAGAAUUUUCUCCUGAAGCUGAGAAAGAGUUCAUGGAAAAGCUGUCAAAGGAAUUGGAUGAGCUGAACAGCCGAUGGGAAGAAGUCACGACUCUAGCUCGAAACCAGAACGAUAGCCUUAAAAACCUGCUGAAAUCCAACUCCUCGCGAAAGGACCUGCUACAGAGAGUGAAUGAGCUGAUCAGGUGGCUAGAAGGUGUGAAGGAGGAUCUGAGUAAUAAGGAUUACCUUGUCAGCAGCCUGGAAGAUCUGCAGGAAAAAAUUGACAAGUUUAAGACUUACGGAGAUAAUAUGCGGGAAAAAGAACCCCAUGUGACCAAAGUGACCGAUGAAGCUAACGAAGCAUUGAACUCUGGCUCUGGAACAUCUCAGGAAUUGGCACGACGCGUCAUGCAGAUGAGUGCUCUGUGGACUGACUGUUCUCAGCGAGUGGACAGGUAUUCCAUGGUGUAUGCGGUGUCCAAUGACAACUACAAAGAAUUCUCAGAGCUGUUACACAAAGAAAAAGCUUACCUUCAGACAUUAGAGAGGAAACUGAUGCGAUCAUCAACGGCAAGCCUAGAUGCGGAGGAUAUAUCAGAGGAGCUAGAGGAUGUUGAGAGUUUCAUGAGGGAGCACGGUGAUGAGGGGAAGAAGCGAGUGCAGGAGUUAGGUCAGGAGCUCAUUGUCAACAAUGUGAUGUCAGGGGAGGUAAAGGCCAGCCUGGAGGAAUACCUGAACAAGUGGAACACCCUGGAGACACAGUCCAAAGAGAAGAUUUACUAUAUGGAGCAAUCUGUACAGAAGGCUCAGACGCUGGACAGACAGAUGCUAGAGAUGUCACAAUGGAUGAGUGAUGUUACAGAGCAUCUCCAGUCACGCCUGGAUGCUGAUGUCCUCGCCGGGGAUGUUCCUGAAGAGUAUGAGUCUCUGAAACAGGAGUUUCAGCAGCAGGAAGAGUUACUGAAUGAAAUGGAGACUCAAGCAAAAGAGUGUCGUGAUCAAGGAAAUGAAGAUGCUGCUGAGAGGCUGGAGGAACAGACUCGUAUGAUUAAGGAACAUUUUCUAGAAGAAGUUGUGCCCAAAUUUCGCAAAUUCCAACGUCCAACAGAGUUUGAGCCUAAGCUGUCAUAUGUGAAGCGAGAGCUGGACGGUAUUCAGGAGAGAAUCCACCUUUUAGAGUUGAGGAGUGAGGACCCAGAGGUUGUCAGUGGACUGCUGGAACAGUGCAUGAAAUUUUACAAGACGAUGAGCGAGCUGAAACCCCAGGUGGAGUAUGUCAUUAAAACUGGUCGUUCUGUGGUGGACAAGAAACAGGUGGAUUUCCCGGACAAACUGGGCAAACAACUGGAUGCCAUCAAACAGCAGUAUAAUGAUAUUGGUGCACAGGUGACCAAAGGGAAAACUGACUUAGAGAAGGCUUUAAAAGUAUCCAAGAAACUGAAGAAGGAGAUGACCUCUGUGCAGGAGUUCACCACUAGGGUGCUGGCUGACCUGUUAAAGAGAGAAAACUCCAGGAACCAGAAUGUGGAUGAGGAACUACACUGGAUUAAGAGUGUUCAAGAGGAGAUGGGCAAGAGACAGCCAGUUCUAUCCUCUCUACAAGGUCAUCUGGAUCAGCUGGUGGAGCUGGCUGAGGAAGGGGAGUUAACUGCUGCCACCCAGACAGUAGAGGAGAUCAACAAACAGUGGACAGAUUUGGCUCACAGGCUGGGCAUCAGGAAAAUACAGCUGGAGGAGAAUGUGUCACAGCUAGAGACAGUCUUCAUACAGUUCCAGGUGACCUUGAUGAAGGUCAAAGACUGGCUGAGCCAGGCUGAGAUGACCUUGGACACUCAGGAGAAGCUGACAGCAAAGGAGCAAGCCACAGACGAACAAAAAGAUAAAGUCAAGAGCCUGCAGCUAGAGGUCGCCAGCAUUCACGAAGAUGUGGACGAGGUCAGGGAUUGUGCCAUUGACCUGAUGACCAGGAGUGGACGCUACAAGAAAAUGGUGGAACCAGAGCUUACUCAUCUUAACCAGAGAUGGGAGGAAGUCACAGUCAGACUAAAAGGGAGACAAUCGGUUGCACGAGAAAAAGUGGAGAUGCUGUCGUCAGCCGUGCUUAGCUCCCCCGUGAAGGUUGAGGAUAUGGAAGGCCAGAAGUCUGAGAUUACUGGAGACGAGGACUUCGAUAGGUCAUACAGGAUCGCUGUUAACUCUAUCAUGGUGUUCACUGAUAGCCUGAACAGGAACACAAGUCUGCAGGGUGAGGACCUGGAUGCUGUCGUGGAGAAAAGGGUCAAGGACAUUGACCAGGGUUUGGAUCGCCUGCAGCCCGACGUUGCCCAGGUCAUGGAGAAUGGUGAACUGGCUGUCCAUGAGAAUGAAGUGAUGGAGCCAGAGAAAGCCUUAAAGAUUAAUCAGUGUAUGGAAGAUCUCAAGGUUCUGUGGAAUACAGCCACGGCUGAGGCAGAAGACCGGAAAUCUCAGGCUCGCUCUGUUCUCCCUCUGUGGACCGAAUUUAAAUCCGACGCCACCGAGUUCUCCAAACAUUUGGAUCAUUUGGAAGAGCGGCUGUCAGCGCCACCUGGUGGAGAAGAAGAGAAAAAGAUCAUAGAGGAGGAAUUUCGCCGUCGUCAGAGAGAUCUGGAUGGCUUGCAGAGUAAAGUUGAAGAGCUUCGAGAAAAGGGGGCGUCUGAUGCUGGUGAAGCUGAUCUUACCAAACUCAAUCAGCGCUGGUGCAACUUGCCGUCGCCUCAGCAACCAGUGGCACCCACUGGCGUUACGGCUGUCACAUCGGCCACUGUCAUGACCAAAACCUCUGUCAACUACAUGGUGAGCAGUGUUACUAAGACGAUAAGUGGUGAUGCCAAACCCCCAUCCGAUUUCCUUGAGGAGGUGCGUCGAGCACUCGUUGUGAUGGCUGAUGUGCGAGAACAACUGGGCUCUGAUGAGCUGACAGGAAGAGAUUUCGAGAAUUUCUCCGAGCAAGAAGACAAGUUGAAGGCUAUCAAAUCCAGCCUUGACAACCUGCAGCCGAAGAUAAAUGAGUUGGAGAGUCAGCAGGAGGAUGCUGUAGGACAGAGUACCUCUGAUGAAGCUGCUCACAUACGUGGCCUUCUGUUACAACUGAAGGAGGAGUGGUCCAGCGUCAACGAGUCCUACAAGAAGAGACAUGACCGCUGGAGUAAGUCUGUUGAACAGUGGAGACAGUUUCACUGUGAUCUGAACAACGUGACAGCCUGGAUCCAGGAGGCCGAUGAGAAAUUGGAAGGGAUCAAAGAUGUGAAGGAUGCAGAGAAACAGAAAGAAGUUCAUCGUAAUGUAGAGAGCGGGAUCAAAGUCCACCAGGGCACUGUCAAUAGUAUGAAUACUGCCGGAAAUGAAAUCAUACGACAGUUGUCUACCCCUGAUUCAGAACUUUUCAGAGAAAGGCUUGACAGAAUCAAUCAAAGAUGGAAAGCCUUGACUACAAUGAUACUAAGCCAUCAAGACAGUUUCGACUCUGAGAGCGUAAAAACGAGUGAGUUCACAGAUGACAUGGAUGAAUUGUUCUAUUGGAUAGACGAGACAGAAAACAUUCUUAGCAGCACUGUACAUGUGCGGGCAGAAGAGGAGCAUAUCGAGGAGCUGCUGGAAAAAGUCAAGGACCGUGAGGAGGACAUUCUAUCACGUCAGCAGUCUCUGCUAGCGGUGACUGUGAAUGGAGAGAAAAUGAUUCAGAGGGACGGCUUGAGCUCAGAAGACAAGGAGAAUAUACAGAGGGAUUUAGAGAACCUGAAUGCAAGGUGGAACAAGGUUGUCACAGAGAUCCCUCAGAGAAUAAAGGAACUUGCAGAACGUCUACAGAAACUACGGAGCUUUGACGAGGAGUUAGUGGAGGUACAGAACUGGAUCACAGCUACCAUUGAGCUGCUGGAGACGCAGGCAGGCCCUGCUGUAUCGGCCACAUCCAAGGAGGAACAAGAUUCUGUUAUUGUGGAUCCAGCGACGAUGAAUGAUGCUUUGGCUGCUCGCCAACAGCACGUCAUGGGAAUCAAUGAACGAUACCAGAGAACUUUGAUUGAUUGUCAACAAGAUGGUGUCCCCGUUCCAGAAAAUGUUAUGCUGAAAGUUGAAAAGCUGAACAUUGAUUGGUUGAAAGUAAAGGAGCUGGCAGCCAAUCUGAGAUCCCCAGAUACUAGUGUGGAUGAAGUAAUGGUGAAAGUAAAAGCCAGUCAUGCUGAGGCCGAGCCUAGCUCUCCUUGGGAGAAGUUUGAUGAGUCUGUCACUGAACUGAAAGACUGGUUACAGGUGUUAGAGGAUAUGUUACAGUCCAAGGUUGUAACCGUUGGUGACUUGGAAGAAAUUGAAGAGCUGAUUCUUAAACAGAAGGCUGCCUUGAACGAAUCGAGCUCUGAGAUACAGCCAAACCCCACGCUUAAUGUAGGGCCCACGGGCUUAGAGGACGUACAGGACUCUGUGGUAGAAAUUAAUGGUGACUGCUCAAAGCUUGAGGUACAGGUGAUCAUGUCUGCCUAACCCCACCCCUAUAUUAUCAAACUGUUCCAUUGUAUGCAGAGGGUCAUAUGGAAUAUGGCACUCAGUGCUUUGCUUUUAAGCUCUGGAACACCAGGGCAGCGCGUGUAUAGAGGAAGAAUUUAAAUUUAAAAGAUUUUAAAUUGCCUCUGAUGCAGUAUUUAGAGUACUAAAAGAACAUACCAUGUAAUGAUUAUUAAAACUAGGGAUGAACGCGUAUGUGUUUUUGGCUUUUUCCUUUGGUCAUUAAAUGCGACCUUCACCACUUCUUGAGCAAACAUCUGCCGUGGUGUUUGGCAAUGACAACUUGAGACGUCACAAGUUGUAUUGUCAGAUUGAAAACAAAAAAUAACUUAUGGACAGGUAUAGACUGAACCUAUCUGAUAGGCACCAACUGUAGGGCUAUUCGGAAUAUUCCCACAAAAAUUUCUAAGCACAUAUA